AUUAUAAGCCACAGGCUAUCAUCUUUGUUGGGUCAAUACUCAUAUUUCCACCCUUUUUAUCUGUGAGAAAUGGAGGUGGUUCAGUUUCAGAGAAGAUUGGUGGACUACACAAAAUCCUUGUUUAUGGAGGGUUUAUUGGACAGUCAGUUCUUACAGCUUCAGCAGCUUCAAGAUGAGAGCAACCCAGAUUUUGUUGUUGAAGUUGUUUCCCUUGUCUUUGAUGAUUCCGAGAAACUUCUCAAUGAACUCACCAUUGCUUUAGAUCAGCCAAAUGUUGACUUCAAAAAAGUUGAUGACUAUGUUCAUCAAUUGAAAGGUUGUUCCAGCAUUGGUGCACAAAGGGUUACAAACGCUUGCGUUGCUUUCCGCAACUUCUGCGAGGUGCAGAACAUCGAAGGGUGCCUAAACAAGCUCGAAACUUUGUUCAGGUUAGAGCAACAGGUUAUCGCAUCCGAUGGGGUCGAUUCCGAUGACCGAGAUGGGUCUUUGAAGACCAUCAAAGAUGAAGAACAAAAAGAAAGAAUUUUGGGUGGUUUUUUAAGUAGCAAAUAUUGUUCUGUAAUGACGUAUUUUAUCAUAUGUUGUCUGGUUGUACGAUGACUUUGAUGAAUGAAAAAAAUAUUUUGGAUUA